ACUGCAAAACAUUCCCGCAUGAAUGUGUAGUCAGUUUGUGUCUCAGUCGCUGGCAGCUGUAACCGUAUACACUUCUCCUCAAAGCUACACCUGUAUCGCAGCCAGGAUGUGGUUGUAUCUUGUGCUCCUGGGGUGUGUAUGGGUGUGUGAAAGUUACCCCAAUGGAUUGGUUACAUCCAGCUGUGAUAACAUGCUUCCUUCUCACGGAAAAAAUGCUCAGACCAGUACAGCACCGUACUCUGUUACAGCGAGCAGCACCAGCUAUAAAGAAGGAGACACCAUCACGGUGACUCUGAGUGCGACCUCAGGGUCUUUCACUGGGUUUUUGCUGCAGGCGAGGCUGGUGGGAGGUUCCAGUGUCAUCGGUUCCUUCAGUUUGGUAGGCUCUACCUCUCAGCUCCUGACCUGCUCUGCAUUGCCUAACUCCGCCGUCUCUCACACAUCAGAAGCUGGAAAAACACAACUCCAGAGUAAAUGGAAGGCACCAACAUCUGGCAAGCUCAACAACAUCGAGUUCAGAGCCACAUUUGUCCGUAAUUACACCACCUUUUGGGUGGGAGUGAAGAGCGCGCAGAUCACCUACAACGGCACAGCGACUGGAGCUGGAUCCUCCAACUCCACCUCCUCCAGCAUCUCCAGCGCAGGCUGUGGGAGCAGUAAGACAUGUGUAAGCCAGCCGAGUGACUGCGAUCCUUCCACCAACUCUAACUGCUACUUCAUGUCUGCCACGCCCUUGUCCUCAGGGUCAGAGUUCACGUUCGAGAUCUCUGGCCGUGCAGCCGGCUACAUCUCCAUCGGCUUCUCAGACGACAAAUCGAUGGGUAAUGACGACAUCUACAUAUGCGGGAAGGACAAAAAUGGUGUGAUCCAGUUACAGCACGCAUUCUCAACAGGAACUACAACACCAACCACCAUCACUCUGGGGAAUGUGACGGUGCUUAGUACAUCAGAGAAUAACGGAGUGAUCAGCUGCUCCUUCACAUCCAGGAACACCAUCAGCACCACUAGGAGCUCCACACCCUCCAACAGCUACUACAUCUUCAUCGCCAACGGUGCCACCAACAAUGGUUUGAUCGCGAUGCACACCACCACACCCUUAAUUAGCAGCGCUAAGGUGGACAUCACCAAAACUCAGACACUGGGAACUGCAUCAGGGCUACCUUCCAUCAUUAAAGCUCACGGCUGUCUGAUGCUGAUUGCGUGGAUGACCACGGGCAGUAUGGGAAUGCUCAUCGCACGCUUCCUAAAGAGAGCUGCUCCGGGACAGAGGUUCUGCGGGAAAGACUUCUGGUUUGUGGCUCAUGUGUCGCUGAUGUUUCUCUCAGUUGUGGCAACCAUCAUUGCCUUUAUCCUGAUAUUUUCAUAUGAAAAAGACUGGAGUGGGGGAGCUCAUCCAGUCCUGGGCUGUUUGGUGAUGAUCCUCAGCUUUGCUCAGCCAAUCGGUGCCAUGUUCCGCUGCUCACCACAGGAAGAGAGGAGGUUUAUCUUUAACUGGGCUCAUGCUAUAAAUGCUUUAGCCAUUAAAGGGUUAGCAGUGGCUGCGAUCUUCACCGGCCUGCUGCUGGUCGACAGCUCAGAUUCUCAGUGGAUGCCGAAGGUGAUGGGUGGAUUCGUGGCCUGGGAAGCAGUUCUCUUCCUCUGCCAAGAUUUUUACCACAAAUACAGCCAAAAAGAUAUGGAGGAUGUUGAUGGGGUGGGUACAGGCCUGCUUCUGCUGCUGUUGUUCUUCGUGGGAAACCUGGCAUUCCUGGUGGCUCUGCUUGUCGGAAUUGGAAAAGCGUAAUUACGGAAACAAUGUCCGCAAUUCUCAACCAGGUUUAAAAAACAAAAAAACAAAAAAACAACUCAGGAUAUAUAUAUAUAUAAAUCAGGCAUAUAAUAAGCACACUUAAACAAGUCUAUGUUCAUUUGUAUUGCACUCAUUCUGAUACUUCAGGAAUUUAUUCAGAAACUGUUACAUGCUUUUGUUUUUAAAAUCAGAAUUAUUUGCCAGAUUUAAUUUCCCUAGCAAGACUCCAUCAUACAUCACUAACUCCACUGGUGGUGUGAUAAAGAAGAAGAAGAAGUCUUUAUUGAUCACGUGUACAUUACAGCACAGUGAAAUUAUUUUCUUCACAUACCCCAGCAUGUCAGGAAGUUGGGGUCAGAGCGCAGGGUCAGCCAUGAUACAGCGCCCCCUGGAGCAGAGAGGGGUAAGGGCCCAAUAGUGGCAACUUGGUGGUGCUAGGGCUUCAACCACAGACCUUCUGACCAGUAACCCAGAGCCUUAACCGUUAUGUAUUAAGAAGUUCCUUUUCUCAAUUACUGUCAUUCCCUCACCAGCCUCUCUGUUCUCGCUUCUUUGAAGAAGUGACUGAAGAUCAGGAUCAGGGCAAAAAGGGUCUGUGCGUUAAUGAAAAUAUUUGCCAUCACAAUAUGGUUAUGUUUAUGUUCAUCAUAUUCAGAAAGGAUGCAAAUGUUCAAAAUCAUGUAAUUUUUUUUACGCAUACACCGGUUCACGUCUGUGAACCCAAACAAAACAAAUAUGUAGUUGCUGUAAAUAACAUUUCUGUCUUUAUUUUGUCUUAAGGGUGUACAAACUUUUGCCCACAAUGCUAUGUAUUCUAUGGACUACAGGUCUACAUAUUUAUGAGAUGUUUACUGUAUUUCUAUAUGCUAUCAACUCCUACAUCCACAUAUAUUAUCAAUGUUAUUAAUUUAUAUGUAUCCUGUCUACCUGAUUAUUAUUAUUGUUGUUGUUGUUAUUAUUAUUAUUAUUAGAAUAUAUUAGACCCUUUUAAAAAUCUGA